UUGGUGAGGGGCACGCAGGCCUUGUGCUGUACCCAGGCCCUCGCCUGUGUGUCCCCGUCCAACAGCCCCUCUUUCCCGCCUGUCACAACCCCUUUCCCUCAUAGUUUCGGGGGUACAUCGCGACGCCCCGCUCACGGUGCAACCACGCCUCAGUUGCACGUGGAUGUGGUGUCAUUGCCUCGUGAUGCGAUGGAGGACAUUGCGGAAUGAGGUCAUCACGUUAUGAUGCAAUACACCAAUACAAGGCGGGAAGACCGUGGCGGUGGGAAGCAUCCCAAGGUCCGGUCUCCCCUGCGAUGAGCCGGACGUGUCAUUCCCUUUGUCCCCGGGCGGCGGGGUCACGGGCUGGCAGCGGCACGGCGCGUCUUUAGCUGCGAGGAGGCCGAAGCACUCAAAUCUCAGCGCUGAUGCCAUUCCUGACUUUGAAGCAGGCUGAACGCUGCUUCGCCCUUUGCUUAGGGGAACACCUGGAAAGGACACGUCAACGGCCCCGCCGGUCAGAGGUGAAGCUUUACGGGCCAUUGCAUCAGAGUAAACACUGAGAAACCCAUGGGUCAAUACGCACGUCUGCUCAACGGCCUUAAAUUCUACAACCAGGCUUUUGCCAACCCAGAGGAUGCCCUGAGGAAUGGAGGGUUGCAGUACUACCGAGACGAUCCGGAUGUGGAGCGGUGCCGCAGGGCUCAUCGCAACGACAUGGAGAACAUCUUCCCCUUCCUCUUCCUUGGGGCCAUUUACUCCAUGCUGGACCCCAAUCCUACUGUGGCCAGGAUCCACUUCCUGAUCUUCCUUGUGGGGCGGAUUGUUCAUACAGUGGCCUACCUCCUGAAGCUGAAGGCCCCCACACGCUCAGUGGCAUAUAGUGUGGCCCAGAUGCCCUGCUUCUCCAUGGCACUGCAGAUCCUCUUUACAAUUGUAAUGCGCUGGUAACAUCAAACAUAAUCGGAUGAUGCUCUAACUUGGCUUAGAAAGAUAUGACUGGGGCUUUCUCAAGGCAUGGACUAAUUUGUCCUUCUCUCUGCUGUCGCUUUGCUGCGGAGAGGUCUCCCAGAUGAACAGAUCACACCAGUUAUUUGCAGCCUCGCUGUGCUUGCGUGUGUAUGGAUCAGGCUGCAUAAGUGAAAAGGGUGGACUACCCAAAGGUGGGUGCUCUGCAUCCAGUCAAAUUAUGCAAAGCUGAGAUGAAACUGAUAUCAUUUUGGGUUGUUUUUUUUUGUUUUUGUGGGGUUUUUUUAUGCCUUCUCAUUGGUGAUAUGCGAGUAAAAAUUGGAGAUGGGACAAGUUCUGUUUCUUCACCUGGAGAAGAGCAUCCUAGAAGAAGCUUUCUCAGUUGCACCAGGGAGUGUAGAAGAAGACUGUGCAAGGCCUAGAGACAGAACGUGAAACUGAACCAGCAAGGGUGAAUAAGCAGCCUGGACUCAUCUCCUGGAGAUGGAGAGGGAAAAAUCUUACAGACUGAGUCACCAAAUCAGUGGGGCAAACCAUGCCUCCUUUUCUGUACACUUUCUUAGAAGUGAAAGCAAAGUUGAGAAUCAGCUGGGGCUUUCUCUAAAACACACUUCCCUCAGCAUCUCCAUCUUAGAUUAAGACGCACACAAGGUUUGCAGUCUUGUACCUAUUUUCCCCAGCUAAACAGCAGAGCGUCUCUGGGAAGUAAAAUUACAAGCCUUUCAUUUUACUAAAAUCGUGGCAGCAUAGCAGAGCCAAAGUCAAUCACCCCCAGCAACCUGUUGCUCUCUCUUCUACGUCUUCGCCUGAAGUGCACUGCUUCCUGUUUGUGCUAGGAAAAAUUAGCUAAGUUUUUUAAUGUAGCCUUGCACCUGCACCUUAGCUGAGGUACCAAGGGAGCAGCAUACAGGUUCUGCAGCUCCCUUGACCUAAGAGCAGAGGGAUCUGUGCAAUCAGCAGUUACUCAAAAAUCAAUUGGCUUGGCUCUAGCUCCUCCUCUUAAGAAAAACAGGUUGCUAUCUUAAGAGGCAGGAAAAAGAGAUGGCCUUUAGUUACAACCAGUGAUGCUAUAAUGGGUCUUAUACCAGGCAAGGAGACUAAGACACAGGUAUCCGAAACUAAAAGCAAGAUUAUCGAACCCUAUCAGAUAAACUGAAGCAUUUUCCGUAGUUUAAAAUUUAGAAUUGUAGCUAGUCAAAGCAAAUGCUUACCACCCCCAGAUUUAAUGAACGCGGUGUCGCUGGAUGGCCAGUCCGUGAGGUCUUGUCCGGGGUUCCCAGUUCCUUCAUCUGAGCUAAUCUUGGACCUGUGACCGUAUCUUUCAGGACUGGGUUCUAAGGGGUAUGCUCUCUUGCCUCUCCUUGUAUACUAGGGCUGUGCAAAGCUUUGGGUUGUGAUUUCAAUUUGGAGGAGAUUUGGCUCAGUUCAGUGGCUGAAUCUCCAAAUCCAAAUUGAAUUGGGGGACCAAUAAAAAGGUCCGAACUGAUUUCAAAGCUCUCUGGAUCUUCAGAAAAGUAGAAGCUCUUCAGAGAGCUUCGAUUCAGGCAGUUCCUGGUGGCUGCAGCAAAGAGCUGGACGCAGACUUGGAACUGGCAAGCAGGGGAGGUGGGGGAGGGGACCAUGGGGGGACCCCUUCCAGGCCCCUUCCCCCACCCUACCAUGGCUGCCCCACCUGGCCCUGGUGCUUAAAAGCCCCUACUCACUGGGUGCUGCUGGGUGUGGGGGGGUGAUCCCUGCUGCUCCCCACUGCCCCAUGCUGCAUGGGGGGCUCUCCCAGCCACCUCCAGGGCUGCCCUGCCCACCCCAGUUCUGGCCCUUUAAGGAAAAAAAAUGGGGGAGAAACCCCCGGCCUCACCAGCUCCUGCAGUGGCCUUGGGGCUUCUAGGGGCCUGUGGCAGAGCCCCCCAUGCAGUGGAGGGCAGCAGGGAUGGCCCCAGCAGCACCCAGUGAGUAGGGGCUUUUUUUCAAAGUGCCAGGAACUGGGCCAGGCGGGGCUGGGAGAGCAGGCGCAUCCAGGCCCAUCCCCAGGGCCUGGGUGAUUCAGAGAUUCGACAGCAGCCAAAUCUCCGAAUCGGAUUUGGCCAAAUCAGUUUAGGACAGUUAUUUGAAUCGCUGUCCCCCUGAAUCAGCCAAAUCCAAAGCGAAUACUAGCCACUUCACACAGGCCUAUUGUAUACCAUGUAGCUUACACUUUUUAAUACAUAAAAGUAGCUUAAGCUUUCCUUCUAAUGCAUAUUAAUAAUCUUGCUUCUGUUUGCUAAAUACGGUUACCUUUAACUGGAAUUUUCUCUUCUGAGGUAAUCUUCUCAUUCUUAAGUGGGUGUAGGCUUCGCUCUGACUGGUCCUCUUUUGCCCAGACUAUUCAAUUUAGUUAGCCAACUUCCCGAUUUAUUUGAAGUCAGGGGCAGUAUUUCUUCAUCUGCUCCUUUUUCACUGGGUGCAAGUCUCAACCACAAUUCAAGCUAAGCACGCAGCUUGAGCUAAGCCCAAAGGUCAAACCCAGGUCUGAAAGGCCCUGGGCCCCAACAGCGUCUUGCUGACAUCUCUGUGCAACAGUGUAAUCCACCUAAAGAAAACCAUAGACAUCAGUUGCCUGAUAAGGGUGAAUAAAUGAACCUCCUAGGAACAUCAAGCUGGUCUCCUAGGAUGUUAGUGAAGACCUGUUUAGCCAUGGAAGCCCUAUUUGUAAGGUCAGAAAGCAUCUCUACAGAAGGAGAGAGCCCUGUCUGAGUUCCUCUUUCCCUGUGUGUUUCUCUAGGCUGAACAGCAUACUACUAGUCAGGAAAUUCAUUGCGACUUGGUUCUUAUCCAUUCCCUCAUUCCUCCAAAAUGGAGCAAAUGCUAAAUGACGUGUUAAUGGCAGGAGGAUCAGUUGGUGUUUCCAGACAUCACUGAAAAUAAGUGUGUGGGAAGGAGGAAGGGAAUGCUCAUCAAACUGCUGGGCCAGGAGCAGCUAUGAGAACUUCCCUGACAGUGCAGGAGAAAGAUAGAUAUAUUUUAAUAGGAGACAAUAUGAACAUCUUCUAACUGGGAACAGAACAGCACAAGCCACACCAUUUCACCUGGUUUCUUCUGUUGAGAAGCUCUCCAUAACAGCAAGCAGUCUCAUCAGCUAUGAGUUAGCCAGGUGGUGAAAGCAGGUGGUAGAAGCAGCUCCGGAAAGUAUUAGACUUGAAGCAACAUAAUAAGCAAAUGCCACCUCUUUUUUUUCCAGCAGGCAGCUUGGAGAGUUUUUUUUAAAUCGAUUGUGCUGUCAUUGGUACUUGAGCUCAAGAGAGAAAAGGUCUUCCAGGUAUGUUGAUCGCAUCUCCGGGUUUGAGUAGAUCAACUCUUCCCGUCUGAAGGUCAGAUCCGUGGCAAGGUUCCAUUCCUUGGUGCAGAAAGGUCCAGCCAACCUUGCGUUCCUGAUGCCACCUCAAAGGUCUGUCCAGCACCGAAACUAAAGGCAUUGAAAGUCUUGCUCACUGUGCACAUGUGGGCCUGUAACCUGCGCCUUUGUCAUUUAAUAAACUUACCUGGGCAUUCUUGUGUCUCAACUUUGUAUGGUAUGUGUGGCCCAAUGAAGGGCCUGCAACCUAUGUACAUUUAUCUCCCUCCUUGCAUAUGCAACAUAGGUAAGUAGUCUAUAUUCCUAAUAAAAACUAAUCCUACCUGUU